AUGAUAAGAACAACACAGGCAAUAAAACCCGGAAAUAGAAGUCAAAAGGAGCCACGCAAGCAGAAACACAUCCACGCAAGCAAGCAAGCAGAAACACAUUCAAAACGAGCCACGCAAGCAGAAACACUCUCCAAGAAGCAAUCCACGCAAGCAAGCAAGCAAGCAGAAACAGUCAAAAGGAGCCAUGCAAGUAGAAACCUCUCCAAGAAGCAAUCCACGCAAGCAAGCAGGCAAAAACAUAGUCAAAAGGAGCCACGCAAGCAGAAACACAUCCACGCAAGCAAGCAAGCAGAAACACAUUCAAAACGAGCCACGCAAGCAGAAACACUCUCCAAGAAGAAAUCCACGCAAGCAAGCAAGCAAGCAGAAACAGUCAAAAGGAGCCAUGCAGAAAGAAACCCUCUCCAAGAAGCAAUCCACGCAAGCAAGCAGGCAAAACAUAGUCAAAAUGAGCCACGCAAGCAGAAACACAUCCACGCAAGCAAGCAAGCAGAAACACAUUCAAAACGAGCCACGCAAGCAGAAACACUCUCCAAGAAGCAAUCCACGCAAGCAAGCAAGCAGAAACAGUCAAAACGAGCCAUGCAAGCAGAAACCCUCUCCAAGAAGCAAUCCACGCAAGCAAGCAAGCAGAAACACAUUCAAAACAAGCCACGCAUGCAGAAACACACCCCAAGCAAUCCACGCAAGCAAGCAAGCAAGCAAGCAGAAACACACGUUAUAGACAAUAUCAAUUUAAAGACAAAACCACUUCAGUGCUAUCAGCUUCAUUCAGUCAGGAAAUCAAACUUAAUUUAA